GGGAUUUCUUGAGCCACGAUGGUUGAAAUGCAAACACCCAUAUAUUGCUACUAGGUUCAUCUUUAGGGAUAACACACUAGCCAGGCUACGUAGACGCCCCCAUGAGAGUGGGGUAGUGAGGAUUCCCCAUCUUGCUGCGUACCAACAGUUUACUGGCUGGGCAUAAUUCUCCCUGACGCUCUGUGUCAAUGGCCUCUAUCAACGAUGACGCUCAGUUGAUGGAGGUGAUGCAAAUGCUUCAACCUCCAGACUUACAUUCAAUCCAGCCAAGGAAUUUGCGUGGGCCCGCUGACAUCCUUCACUACGCCCUCGAGAAGAACUCAGUUUACAAAAGCCAUGCCCUUAAGAACAGCUUUAGAAUGGCCGCGCGUCGGCCAUCUGUGAGCUUGGCAAGGCUGCAGUACGGAGACGGCGAAUUCCUAAGCAGCGUCCAGACGUUGCAGUUCUGCACGGAAGCCGAACCUCCACCAGCCCCGCUACCCGAGAUGGGACAGCCUGUGCAGCUAACGCGCACCCUGACUCGGACGCUAAGCCGCGGCGUCAGCAUUAAGCGGUGUCCACGCCGAACUGGGGACAGCUCGACUGACAGCAGCAGCGAUGAUGAGGUAGCCAACAACGACAGCAAUAACCACGCCAACGCAGACGCAGCAGCUAACGAUGCUUUUGAUGACGAUUCCUGGAUUGGGCGCUUAGCUGCCUCGCUUUCUCGUCCUAGCGAGAGUGGCACUCCGGAACCACCACCAGCAGCAGCUCCCGUUGACAACCGGACUGCUGCUGCUACCACAAAUCGCGCCAUUUAUCGCUUCUCUUCUUCCGGACUGAACGCAUUGCUGUCAUCAAAGCCGGCCGGCAACGCUGCUCCUGCUGUCUCCAGCUGUCACCUCGGCAACCAACCUUAUCCACCACCUCAAAAGCCUUACAACCUCUACCGAACCUCCCCACCCCUUGAGCACGCCAACACGAACAGCAACACCAGCAACCAAGUCGGCAGAAGCAGCAGCGUCACAAGUACGUUAGGAGCAGACGAAGCGUUCCAAAUCCCUCUGCAGGACGCCGCUUGUGGCUCUGGUGACAGCAACAACCUCACGUCGGCUCGUAGCUUAACUACGGCCCUUAGCAGCAGACAGCGGGAGGCUGCGGAGGGCGGCAACCUUGGAGCUCUGCCCGCUCGGGAACCUGCGCGACAGGACGUCGGGGGCUCUACGGACCGUGUCAACGAACUGUUGAGGGCACUGCGGGCUCCCAGCUCCCAAGGCGACGAGGGCCGCGCAUCCCGCAGCACGUUCGGCGGCUUCAGCCAUAGUCCGCGGGGGCCUAAGCCGCCGCCGCAGCAGCCAGAACAGAGACGUCCUAGUCCCUAUCAGCAACAACAGCCAAGCAGCAACCCGCAGCAAUCUCAAUUGUUGCGAUCCAAGAGCAGCGGUCUUGGGAUGGCGGUCGUCUCGCCGUCGCCUUGCGCCACACAAAGCGGCAUGGUGGGCGUGACGGCUUCAGCCAUGAGCUCUGCUGCGACGUCUCAGGUAGUAACGCCGCGCGUUUCCUCAACAGGCAAUGUGGGGACAGAUGCAGCGGCAACUGCUCAAAGCAGCACGGCUCCCACAGCUAAUGGCAUUGCUGGCACCAGCAGUAACAGCGGCAGCAGCAACAGCACUAUCAUCCGCGCUCCCAGCCCCACCCGCCCCGCCGCUGCUCUGCGCCCCUCCCUGUCGCUGGCCCUGCCCUUAAACUCAACCUCCUUGGCUCCAUCACCGAGCCCGCUUGCAAGUGCAAUCUCCACGCCCUUGUCAGCGCUCUCACAGGCCGCCGCUUCCUCCUUUGAGCUGACGCCCUCCUCUGCUGCGUCUGGAGCCUCCUCGGACUGCGCGCCAGGGACCGCACAGCUCGCAAGCAGCAGCAGCAGCCCUAGCCCCCUUGGCAGCAGCACCGGCAGCAGCUCCCGAAGGAGGUUCAGUCUGCGCAUAUCCGUUGACGGCCGUACAAGUGCCGGGGGUGCUGGUGCUGCUGGCAGCAAUAGCAGCAGCGGUGGCGGUGGCAGCAACCCACCUGCCUCGCCCAUGGCCUCGCGUCUCAUGCGGACGGCCUCCCAGCAACACAUCGGCGCAGCAGCUGCCGUCACGCCGCUGGGCUUCCCACGCCACAGCAGCAAUGGCAGCGGCGGUGGCACUAACGCUCCGCUAGGCGGAUGGAGCAGUCGGAACCUCGGGGGGCAGCAGCCACAGCAGCCGCAAUCCCGAAUGACCAGGACGUUAUCCGUGAGCGAGUUUGGAAUGACAAGCAACGGAGCAGCGGCAGCGGGAGGAGGAGGAGGAGGCGGAGGUGCCGCGACGGGGUCAGGCGUUGUUGCAGCUGACCUGACAGAACUCGCCACUGUCAGCGGUUGCGGUGGUGGCGGUGCCACCGGCAGCAUGAGCGCGCGCAGUCCGGGACCUCGGUUAUCCUUCAGCGGAGUAGCUGUAGGCGGAGGUGCUGUGGGCGGCUUGCGGGGAGCAGCGGAGGAGGCCGCCUUGAGGCUGCCGAUGGUGGGUGCAACAGCGCCAGGAAGUGAUCGGGCUCGGCGGCUCAGUGUGCGGGUGUGAGCACGUGGGCGUGUAGGCGACGGCUGCGGUGGUGGCGGCACAGGAGCGGCAUUGUUCGGGUGGCGUGAAUGAGUGGCCGUUACGGUGAUCCCAAACCGGAAGGCAAGGCAAAGCGGGCGUGGUGGUGCGCUAUGGUAGUGUGUUUGCGGCAUAUUCAUUGGCUGACGCAAAGUGCUGCGGUGAAGAGGGCAGUGGCAGGGGCGGUGAGGAGAGUGCGACCCUUGGGGCUUGUGUGUGGGUUCAGGAAUGGAGGGUCCUUGCAGGUCGCUGCUGUGUGGGUGCGAUGUUUGGGGUGGUUGGAAUAAAGCGCUGGAGAUUUGCAGUCCUAACUACACACAGACGCGGUAUGAUGCUAUGUGGCAGGGUGUUCUGAAGGAUGCCAUGCGACUUAUGGAAACAGGAAAAGUGUUUUGAGGAACGCCGAAAAAAUGACAAGCUCCCGGAAGAGGCGACAAGGGUUUUCCUGUGUCACUAGCCACCCGGUAGAGGGGCGGGUGUGCACGGGGAGUUCGGUUGUUUACGGUUAUUAACUGCAGAGAUAGUGGUGCUAUAUUGCCUAAACCUUAGGAUUAACUUAACUUCUGAUAGUAGUUUGUGCUUGUGAUGGUGUCGAAAAAACGUUUAGAUUCAAGGUUAGCGUCGUCGUAAGGGAAUGCAGUUUAGGCGUUUCCUGUGGUUUUCUGUGGGAUCCCGAGCAUUGAAAAAGCUCCCUUUUCACUUACGCUGCUGCAAUUCAGGUGAUAUCCAGCGUUGCGGACAUUUUCCAUUGCUGAUUGGACGUUGCAGGAGAAUUGGAUUUGCCUUAUCGUACACAUUUCCCAGUGUUGUGCGCGGGGAUACAACGUUGAGGGCUCGCCGUUGACAAAGGCCUGUGUUCAGCGUUUGCUUCCGUUUCACUUGUUUGGGUAGCUUUGCGUAUGCUUGGUCCCCAUUUGAUCGCAUGGGCAUGGUUCAAACACAUAUGUCGCGUCGAACGCGAAUUUGGGGUUUUCCAUUUUUGUGCGAGCAUGCAUUUUCCUCUCGGGCAUCAGCCCGAGAAUACUUGAGACCGCAGGAGGUUUUGACAUUAUCAAUGGGACAAUGGCUGGAUGGCUUGGGGUACUUCAAAGACGAGGGGGUAGUACAACAGCUGGCUGCCUGGCUGUGAGAAAUGUGUGUUAAGAAAACUGGCCGCGAGUAGGAACGUACUGAGAUGUCGGAAUGUGUGUGAGCGCUGGAUGCGAAUGAGCGAUUUUGUUGCCCACCUAACAUCUUGGUUCUUGGGUUGCUGUUUGAAUCAUCCAAAGCGUGCUUGGUUAGCACACUGUUGCCGGUUUCACGCCAUUCCAGAUGUUGAUGACAAUUUUGUGACUGUGUCAACUGCUGCAGGAGAGUUAGCGGACGUGGGUCGUUGACCUCCAACGUCCGUACGCAGGCGUCUAUUGCUGCCGUACUGCCGUAUACGAUGGCCCCGUUGUUAGCAAUCGUGUUGUGUUUCGCUCCCGGAGCGGACGGGGAUGCGCCCAGAUUGGUUUACGCAGCGAAGUCAGCUUGCGUAUCCAGAGCUGUGGUGGUAGUAUUUCGAACCCAAAGCCGCGGGUACGUCAAUCCUUUCGGGCGUUGGGCCGCAUCGCAUGCCGUGCAUGUGUUUUGCCGCUUGGUGAGAGGGACGAAGAGACUGCUGUGCACAGCCUUCUUCUUCUUGCUUGCGUUCUGGGUGCGUGCGGUUUGGACUGUUUGGAGGUUUGGAGCACCUUGAAGGGUUGACACUGCGGUUUAUUCUAUUCGUUCCUUCCAGGCUGUUGCAGGGGGCUAUUUUCCCUUCGCAUUAACGCAUAGUUCGUAGGUUUGGGUUCAAUACCCUCCCGUUUGUCUCUCCGGAUUCCUUCUAAUUGUCCGUUGUCUGGACAAUGGUUGAAAAGGAGAGGUUACACGCUCAGCUGCUUUGUGCUUAAGGCAGGAUGGUGCACGCUGUGACUGGGCUUCAGCCCUGCUUUACCGCUGAGCCGGGAUGGCUUAUGUGAUAGGCCUUAGCAGCUCGAGUCCUGUGUGCUUGGUGCAUCUUGCAUCUUAUGGAUGGGUUCGGCAGGUCCCUAAACAGCACGUCGCCUUUAGGAACGUGUUUCGGAAUGGUAACAUGCAUUCCAUGCGUACCAAACAUGUGCGGUGCCAACCUUUUGCGGAUGUCUUGUGCGGUUCUGAUGGAUGUUGUUGAUGGACAUUGAUGGGCGGCGGCAGAUGGCAGCUCGAAAGGUCCCAUGGAUGCAACUUCGUAUGUGUAACGACUGCUGUCCUGACAA